UAACAAAAACACAAUAUUGCGGUGUCAGCACGUCCAAGAUGUCAACAGAAAAACAGUCCACAUGGAAAACGUGACGUUUCAGAGAAUACCGAUCAGAAUGAGAUAUGUUCAUGUGUUUGCAUGUGUACUAAAGAGAAUGCAGUAGCUUUUAUCGGAGUGAAGUUUUGCAAAAUUAGAAGCACCUAUCCCUAGUAUAGAUCUGUUUGUGUGAGAGAUUCGGUUUUAAGAUUUACGGGGCCUGACUAAAUACGUGCCACCACCUGCUGUUAAGAAAGCCACGUGUACUUUAUUAGCUGAUGCCUUAUGGUAAAGGUGCUGAGAUCUGUAAACAGUUUAUGCAAAGCAUUUUGAAUUCUUCAUCAGGCUAACUCAUGACAAAGGCAGUUGCUGUGUCUGCCGGGCCUUACAUCUGUAGGCUGACACAUUGUUUGAGUAAGAGAUGGAUCUGGCAAGAAGUGCUCCACCACAAACUGGAAGAACACAACAGGAUGAUACAGCUGGCAGUGUAAGGCAAGAUGAGUCACAAACUGGACCCUUUGCAAAUGUACUCUUCCGUGAAAUUCACAAGAAUGCUUUGCUGAGAAAACUGACAGUGGAGAAGAGAAUGGGAGCAUUUCCUAAGAAAGGUGAACGCGUCUGGGUUGUUUUUUGUGUACACGAUGAUUCGGAGCCACUACUUGAAAUUUAUAACUGUAAGAACAAAGCUGUUACUCAUAAGCCAGACUGGUUUGUCUCUCUCAGCAACUGCUUGCAUGUUUCACCUACGAUCUGUCCCCAAGAAGAUGAAUAUGAGUUUGUAAUUACCUUGAGUUCUGAUGUUGUCCGUCUUACAGCACCUUCCUGGGACCUAAUGAUGGAAUGGGUGGAAUGCAUAAGCUCAAAACUACGGGAAAUGCACAUACUGUCUCCACGUGAAAAUGUAUACAGCAAAAACCCAGAGACAGGGCCUCGACUUCCGUUAGCACCUACACGUGAUCCCAACUCGCCACUUCCACCACCACCUGCAGGCCCUGCCACAGCUGUACCUGGUAUUGAACAAGUUGCCAAUACCGGAGGAGAAAGUUCAAGUACAGAGCAGUCGCAUGAUUUUCCAAAUAGUUCUGCUUCAUCUUCGGAAGACACAACUUCUUCUGUGCAGCAAUUGAAUUAUGAUGAUGAUACUGUGCAACAGCGGGCGUGCACCACAUCGCUAUACAUCACUCAAUCAGAGCCGCCAGUUUACUCAAGGUCUCGUCAUGUUCUUUGUCGUACAUCAUCUGUUCCUGAUUCAAGUUCUUUGAAUGCAUUAGCUCGUUCUCCAGUAGCACUACGAAGUCCAGCAAGAGAUGCUCAUAAUUCCGUCACAGAUACAGAUGAUAAUGUGACAGUUGUCCAUGUCAACUCUGACCAAGUUCCACUGUCGGCAGGUUACCACCCAGCAGCCAUCUUUGACUUUAGCACAGCUGCAACACAGAUGAGUGCCAACCAGACUGAAUGUGACAAUGCUGCUGGACCAGUUGAACAGAAUGAAGUAAGUGAUACCUCACUUAGAAAUUUGACAGAUGCUAGACAGAAUCUAUCAGAUGUACAGACAGAAGUAGUACACUCAAAUAAUGUGGCGCCAGAUGCCUCAGAUUCCAGUGACAGUCAUUACGAAUGUGUAUUUUUGGCUCGCACACCUGCAGAAACAGCUACAACCCUAAAAUCGGAAGAUGAGAGUCCAACUCUGUUGGUGAAUAGUCCUCUUCUAGCUAGUACAUUACAAGAUACAGUAGUUCCUACAGAUGGAAAUCAGAGAAAUGGCAGAUUCAGAGCUGUUUCAGGGUCAGAGACACAGGUUUUAAGAUCUGUAUUAAAUCCACCUGCUAUGGAGGCUGCAAAUUUGCACAGGGCUUCCGAUGCUGAGGGGCAGAGUACCACCUAUUUGCCUCCAAGACCGACUGAUAGGCAAGACAGCGUGCCUGCGACCUCUCCUAGAGCAGGUGUUGUGAGGAGACCUGGCGGUUAUUCUACUAAUCAAACUGAAAGACAGGAAACGUUGGCAGGCAGCACAUCGAGAGUUGGAGGAUCUGGACUGACAGCAGGUAGACUGAUAGAAAGAUGUGAAACAUCUUUGCAAGGCGCAUCAUCAGCAUCACAAAGAGCUGUAAUCACUUCGACUGGUAGAAUCCCAGAGAGGUCAGAUCAUAUUUCUGCUUCUGCCACGAGAGGAGCCGAUGUUGAGAGGCAACUACAGCCUGCACCACAUCCUUAUCACAGACAGGUUUCAUUAGAAAGUGUAACAAGUGGCAAUAGUGGUGUUGCCGUUAGUCGAAUGACGCUAAGGGAGCAACAAGUCUUUCAGUUACGCCGUGAAAUGGCACAUCCUGGUGGAGUUAGAUUGCAGUUACGUCGUAAGGACUGUGUGGGAUCUGUUGCACUUGUUGAUAUAUUUGGUUCUGUGUGGAUAGCUGGCUGGAAGCAGCGUGAACAUCCAAUGUUGUACAAUGCCCUGCAUAUUGGUGAUCAGCUUUUAACAGUUGUAGGAGUUCCUGUUCAGAGUGCAACAGAUGCCAACAGGCUAAUUAGAGGAGCCAUGGGACUCUAUGUGGAGCUCGUUAUUCGUCGUGUACCAUUUGGACGCGUGUUUGCCAUUCAUCGAGAGGCAGAGGGACAGAGUUUAGGUGUGGUGCAGGAAGGCAAUACAGCUGAAGUACGUGAUGUUGUGGCUAACUCUCCAGCAGCUCGGGCCGGGUUGGCUCCUCGAGCACCAACGUGUGAUGGACUGUCACUCACCACGUGGACUCUCACGGAGAUAAAUGGUCGACCCUUAAACCUGUUCUUCAAGGACGGAGAAGUUCGUGACCGUCUGAAUGCUGUCGGCAAAGAGGUUUCUGUUUUAGUACAGCCUUCCGACUUUGUGAGGCAGCUUAAGAAGCAGCUGAAAGCCAUCAGAGGUUAUAAGGAUUAUAUUGUGCAAUAGUGGAAGUGAUUUAUUUUCCUUAAACAUCACAUGUCCUGUCCACAGCCAUUUACCUUUCUUCACAUCCAUAUUUACUGACAGUAGUUCUCUUUGCCCUGCCUUUUCUUCACACACCUUUCCCAAAUAGCUUGGGUCCAUGCCAUCCAAGAUAUCUACCCAGUACAUCAUUCAUUUAGACUUAUUUUACAUUCCUAUCCUUCAUUUUAUCAUAGAUAUAUAUUAGAGAGUAAAUAUCAUUUUUUUUAAAAAAGUUUUGUCUUCCAGUGAGGUGUCUGGUGCCUUCAGAAUAAGCAUACUGUGAUAUGUAAUUGCUAUAAUAGACUUUAGCUUACAUUUGUUAUGAAAGUAUCAUAACACUUACAAAUUAUGCUGCUGCUUACUGGUAUUAAGAGAGAAGUAUUUGUGACAACUGAAUCUAAACCAUUAAUAUAAUGUAUUAGAAAACCAUAACAACUGUGAUACAGUAUUUUUAAACUUGUCGUCUUGUUUUCCCCUUCCAGCUGUACCAAAUUAAUUUGAAGUGAUUAGUGAGUAAUAGCUUCCUUGUAUGUGUGCACUAAAAUUACAAUGGCAAGAAUAACGGGUUAACAAUGCACUUUAGAGCUGAGGAAGUAAAUUUAUUUUUUCUUUGUAACUUAAUUUUUUGAGACAUCAGUCUUCUGACUGGUUUGAUGCGGCCCACCACGAAUUCCUCUACCGUGCCAAUGUCUUCAUCUUUGAGUAGCUCUUGCACUCAACAUCCUCAAUUAUUUGUUGGCUUUAUUCUAAUCUCUGUCUUCCUGUACAGUUUUUACUGUCUCUGCAGCUGCCUCUAGUACUGUGGAAGUUAUUCUUUGAUGUCUUAAUACAUGCCCUAUCAUCCUGUUCCUUCUUGUCAGUGUUUCCACCACACACCAUCAGGUGGCUUGCAGUGUAUGGAUGUAGAUGUAGAUGUUCCUUUCUUUGCUGAUACUGUGGAGAAUCUUCUCAUUCCUUCCUUUUAUCAGUCUACCAAUUUUCAUCAUACUUCUGUAGGAUCACAUUUCAAAUGCUUUGAUUUCUUGUUUCUGGUUUUCUCACAGCUUGUGGUUCAUUGCCAUACAAUGCUCUGCUCCAAAUAUACAUUCUCAGAAAUUUAUCAUACGUUUGAUACUAAUAGAUAUCUUUUGGCCAGUAAUGUCCUCAUUGUGUGUGCCAGUCUGCUUUUUAUCUCGUCAUUGCUUACUUUGUCUGUGGUUACUUUACUUCCAGUGUUGCAGAAUUCCUUUGCCUAUUUCAUGAUCACAAAUUUUGAUGUUAAGCUACUCACUACUCUUAUUUUUGCUGCUUCUAAUUACUUUUGUCUGUCCUUGGUUUACUCUGUGCCCAUAUUGUGUGUUCAUUAUACUGUUCAUUCCAUUCAACAGAUCCUGUAAUUCUUCACAUAUUCACUGAAGAUACCAAUGCAUCAGCAAAUCUUAUCAUUUAUAUUCUUUCACCCUGAAUUUUAAUCCCACUCUUGAUCUUUUCUUUAUUCCCGUCAUUGUUUCUUCUGUGUACAGACCGAACAAUAGUGGCCGAAGACUGCAUCCCUGUAUUACACCCUUUUUAACUUGAGCCCUUCGUUCUCUGUCUUCGAAUCUUAUCGCCCGGGAUGGAGGAUUUCUUGUACACAUUGGGGACGCAUACAGACAAUUCACAAACAUCAUUCUCCACUCCCUCUUAGUCCAUCCCCUUCUCCCUCUCCUGCUCAUUUGUUCCUCUCCCGCUCAUUUGCUCCUCUCCCCUCUGCCCAUUUCUUCCUCCCCCCUUUCUGACCAUUUUCUCCUGUCUUCUUGCCCCUACCCUUCUCCCCCAUCUUCUCAUCCCAUCUCCUCCUUUUCUCAGUGCCCAUCUCCCCCCUCCCCCCCUCUCCCUCUUUCUCUUUCUCUGCUCAUCUCCUCCUACCCCAUCUGUCUUUCCGCCUCCUCCUACUUGCUGUCUCUGUCCAUCCCUUUCUCUAUCCAUUUUGAUCUUCCCCCAGCUGUGCUCAUUGGCCCAUGUAGUCCCAUCAUGCAAUCAAUGCAGCCUACAUAUCAGGGGCUGGAAAACUGUUUCUUGUCCUGAUGAGUAAGGCAGCCCAUUAUUGUUCCCACACAACAUAACUGUUGCGCAAGACGUCCUGUACAGCAGUAGCUGGGAAAACGUGUUCUCACCCAUGACACUGUGUCUGUUGUAGCUUGGAGGCUAUAAACCCCACUGUACUGAUGCUUGUGAGGUUUGCUAUUAGUGUGCCACCAUAUUUGGUUGAAAUUGAUCCAGGAAGAGGUCCUGGGCAUACAUACAUUCAUUUAUGAACACAGCUCCUCCC